UGGCCGGCGGUGCCGGAGGCCAAAGACUUUCGCGAGGGUGGACGCGCCGCGUUUUCUGCCGGACCUCUUUCGCUCUAUCUACACCUAUCUGUCCCCUCCUCUCUUCUCCUCUCGCCGCCGAUUUACAACGCGGACUGGUCUCGGCCGCGCAUGCAUGACCCUGCACUGCCACCGCGUGCAUUUUCGCGGUCGGCUGCACCACUAUCGACAUCAACCACGACCGAUCGCCGUGUGACAGAGGAACCGCUAUCUUUCCGCGGCUCGACGUCGUCGAUCCUCGUUUCCUCGUCGCUGUCGCGUGCGAUCCGCGCGUACGUAUCGCGGAUACGAUAAGAACGAGAGGAGAAGAACGCGAUCUGUGACCGGACUAGUCGAUUGAGGAACGAAUGCGACCACGAAGAUCGGCACGGUGUUACGUUUUUGGAACCGGCGACUAAGUGUCGACAGUUCUGCAAGGUUGAUCCUGAUUCAAAGACAUACGGAAUCAAACGAUGCUGGCCAGCUGCCUAAUCUUAGUGGGUGCAGCCGCGGCGGUGACAUCGGCGGGCGGCCACGGUUUCGACGCACAUUUACGGGGACCAAGCUUCGUGAUGGAGCCGCCCUCGAGGGUCGAAUUUUCGAAUUCGAGCGGCGCCUGGCUGGACUGCACCGCGACAGGAAGCCCCCCGCUCAACAUCGAUUGGUCGACCGCGGACGGACAUCCGGUCAAUGACGUACCGGGAGUGAGGAGGGUGCUCAGGAACGGCACGCUGGUCCUUUUGCCGUUUCCGGCCGCUGCAUUCCGCCAGGAUGUGCACAGCGCGGCUUAUAGAUGCGUGGCGAGCAAUUCUGUCGGCAGAGUGUUAAGUCGUGACGUCCAGGUCAGGGCAGUGGUGGCUCAAGCAUACAAAGUCGACGUGGAAGUGAUCGGAGGUGCAUCUAGAGGUUGUACCGCGGUGUUGCGAUGCGUCGUUCCUAGCUUCGUGAAAGAUUUGGUGCGCGUCGUGUCCUGGUUGCAAGAACCAUCCUUCUAUAUUUAUCCUUCGCUACAAGGCGACGGCAAAUUUCAUCUUCUACCAACCGGUGAACUUCUGGUCCACAGUUUGGAAUUCAGCGAUCAAAUACACGGUUACAGAUGUCGAACGAUGCAUCGUCUCACAAGGCAGGUAGUCGUGAGUUCCGUGGCCAACGUAAGGAUAGCAGAUCACAGAGGGGUGAUGCCACCGGUAAUACUUGAAAACUCUGGAGUUGUUCAUGUCGCUCAAGAUGAAUCAACGUCAUUAGUAUGUGUGGCGCAAGCUUGCCCUACUCCCGAAUAUAGAUGGUAUGCACAAACCGGUUCCGAACCGAUGCUGGUACUUUCUGGACCAAGGACCAGAUUACUCGGAUCUGUCUUAGCCCUCGAAGCUGUCACGUUAGAGGAUAACGGUAUUUAUCGUUGUUCCGCAUCGAAUCCUGGUGGCGAAGCUAGUGCGGAGAUUCGGCUCAUCGUAACGGCUCCAUUGCACGUCGAAGUAACGCCUCCGUUAUUAAGCGUCCACUUAGGAGGUAAUGCCGAAUUUAGAUGCGAAGUCAGCACGCAUCCACAAGCUGGACCACAUUUUAUUACCUGGUACAAAGAUGGUCGACAGUUGCCAGGCACUGGCAGACAAUCAGAAUUAUUGAGGCUAAACGGUAUCAACAGAGAAGAUCGUGGAAUGUAUCAAUGUAUCGUCAGACGAUCGGAAGGUGAUACUGCACAGGCUUCUGCAGAACUACAAUUGGGCGAUGCGCCACCGAUGCUGCUCUACUCCUUCAUCGAACAAACGUUGCAACCGGGACCGGCUGUAUCCUUGAAAUGUUCCGCUGCUGGUAAUCCAACACCGCAAGUCACCUGGGCCUUGGAUGGUUUUCCUCUACCGACCAAUGGAAGGUUCAUGAUUGGUCAAUACGUAACAGUUCAUGGCGAUGUUAUAUCACAUGUCAAUAUCAGCCAUGUGAUGGUGGAGGAUGGAGGAGAAUAUUCUUGUAUGGCCGAAAAUCGAGCUGGGAAAGUCACUCAUGCUGCUCGCCUCAACGUUUACGGUCUUCCAUAUAUUCGACUAAUUCCAAAAGUUACCGCUGUUGCCGGUGAAACUCUUCGUUUGAAAUGUCCAGUCGCCGGCUACCCUAUCGAAGAAAUCAAAUGGGAACGAGCGAAUCGUGAAUUGCCAGAUGAUCUUCGACAAAAAGUGCUUCCAGACGGUACCUUGGUCAUCACGAGUGUGCAGAAGAAAGGCGAUGCAGGCGUGUACACGUGUUCAGCGAGGAAUAAACAAGGACACAGCGCAAGAAGAUCAGGAGACGUCGCAGUGAUCGUUCCUCCCAAAAUUAGCCCAUUCACGGCAGAUCGUGAUCUUCAUCUCGGCGAACGAACGACGUUGACUUGCUCGGUGACGAGAGGCGAUCUGCCUCUCUCGAUCUCCUGGCUCAAGGAUGGACGAGCGAUGGGCCCGUCGGAGCGAGUCAGUGUCACCAAUAUGGACCAGUACAAUAGCAUACUGAUGAUUGAACAUUUAUCUCCAGAUCACAACGGCAACUACUCGUGCGUGGCCCGUAAUCUGGCCGCAGAGGUAUCACACACGCAGCGGCUUGUGGUUCAUGUACCCCCUAUUAUUGAGCCAUUUACGUUCCAAGAGGGACUAUCCGAGGGGAUGCGGACGCGGACGGUGUGCGGGGUCGCGGCGGGUGAUCCACCCUUAACUAUAUCCUGGUUAAAAGACGGCCAAAGCCCUUUCCCUUUGCCGCCAAAUCUUGCUUCCGCAAACAUUUCCCAACUGGAUCCUUAUUCGAGCCUCCUCAGUAUAACGAACCUCGCGGCCGAGCACUCCGGCGACUAUACCUGCGUCGCCGCGAACCCCGCCGCCGAGGUCAGGUACACGGCCAAGCUACAGGUAAAAGUACCUCCACGAUGGAUCGUAGAGCCUACGGAUGUUAGCGUUGAAAGAAACAAGCACGUCGCUUUGCACUGUCAAGCGCAAGGCGUGCCCACCCCUACAAUUGUAUGGAAAAAAGCCACGGGAAGCAAAUCCGGGGAGUACGAGGAGUUACGAGAAAGAGCGUACACGAAAAUCCUCAGUAAUGGUACGCUACUAUUGCAACACGUGAAGGAAGACAGAGAAGGAUUUUACCUCUGUCAAGCGAGUAAUGGCAUUGGAAGUGGAAUUGGCAAAGUAGUUCAGUUAAAAGUAAACUCCUCUCCAUAUUUCGCGGCUCCAUCGAGACUUGUCACUGUGAAGAAGGGUGACACUGCAACUUUGCAUUGCGAGGUACACGGCGACACACCGGUCACCGUCACUUGGCUGAAAGGCGGAAAAAUUGAGUUAAAUCCCUCGACGAACUAUCGAGUUACAGUGAAACGUGAGGUAACACCAGAUGGUGUAAUAGCACAAUUACAAAUUUCUUCGGCCGAAGCGUCCGAUAGCGGUGCCUAUUUCUGUCAGGCGAGUAAUCUUUAUGGUCGUGAUCAACAAUUGGUGCAACUCCUCGUACAAGAGCCACCACAACCGCCAAAUUCUUUAGAAACAGCCAUGGUUGCCAGUCGAAGUAUUAACGUAAAAUGGCAACAUAAAUCGCAAGACACCACUGAAGUGACUAAGUACAUUUUACAAUACAAAGAAGGCGAUGCUGGAAUAUGGCAACAACAAGAAUUUACUGGGCCACCUUUGCCAUAUGCUGCUCUAAUAGAUGAAUUGAAACCGGCAACUAGAUACACUAUACGCGUAAUAGCUGAAGGACCAGCAGGUAGAUCAGUACCCUCGGCGGAAUUGAUUGUCAGAACAGAGCCACAAAGACCGGCUGGACCUCCGAUUAAUCUUGAAGCUAGAGCUUUGUCCUCCUCUGAAAUUUUAAUCACUUGGUCACCACCAUUGCCUGAACUCCGACAUGGUGACAUUCAAGGAUUCAAUGUUGGCUAUAGAGAAACAAGCUCGUCAAAUCCCUCGUAUAACUUCAGUUCCGUGUCCGGAGACGGAGAAGAAGGGGGUGCAGAACUUCGGCUAACAGGGCUUCGACCUUAUACAAAGUACACUUUGGUGGUUCAAGCGUAUAAUCAAGUUGGUUCUGGACCACUUUCCGAACCUUUGCUCACACAAACAAUGGAAGAUGUUCCCAGUAUACCACCUGAAGAUGUAAGAUGCGCUGCGUUAACUUCACAAUCCCUUCAAGUUUCUUGGCAACCACCACCUAACACACACAGUAAUGGUAUUAUUCAAGGAUAUAAAUUACACUAUGAACCUAUUUUGGCGGAUAUGUGGCGCAGCGUCGAUGAAAUGGAAGUUCGUAAGACUAGCGCUUUAACCACUGUUCUCACGGGUUUGAGAAAAUAUACAAACUACACUAUUCAAGUAUUAGCUUUCACUAGAGUUGGGGAUGGAGUACCUACGACCGUAACGUACUGUCAAACAGAAGAAGAUGUGCCAGGUAGCCCAGCAGAUAUAAAGGUGGUGGUUAGUUCACCACAGGCACUUUUUAUCUCUUGGCUUCCACCUUUAGAACCAAAUGGAAUUAUUACAAAAUAUAAUUUGUAUACAAGAGUCGUGGAUGGUCGAGAAGAACUGAAUCAUGGUAAAAGAACAUUGCCAGCAAAAAAUACCUACUUUGAAGCGACUGAUUUACAGCAACAUGUAGAAUAUCAAUUUUGGGUGACCGGUAGCACUCGUGUAGGCGAAGGUCAAAGUUCCAAAGUAGCUGCACAAGUACCAACCAAUCGAGUGCCAGCGAGAAUUACGUCUUUUGGUGGCCACGUAGUGCGACCAUGGAGAGGAUCUGCCACUCUGGCUUGCAACGCAGUUGGAGAUCCUACCAGAGAGUGGUAUAAAGGUCAGGGGGAACAAAUACGCACCGAUUCAACGAGGAAUAUACAAAUUUUGCCAUCUGGAGAACUCAUGUUGUCAAAUUUACAAUCACAAGAUGGUGGAAAUUAUACUUGUCAAGUGGAAAAUGCUCAAGGCAAUGAUAAAUUGCAUUACACUUUGACUGUACAAGUGCCACCUAGCGCACCUGUUCUUUAUGUAACGAGUUCUACAUCGAGUAGUAUAUUAUUACAUUGGAAAUCUGGGCACAAUGGUGGUGCUUCACUCACAGGAUAUACAUUACAUUAUCGAACAACGCACGGAAAUUUAGAUGAAUUACAAUUAUCUCGUCACGCUACAAGUCACGAAUUAAAGGGUCUCUUAUGUGGCAAUACAUAUCAAUUAUACUUAACAUCUCACAAUAAAAUUGGAAGCAGUCCAUCAUCACCAGUUCUGUCAGUUCGAACUCAAGGACAAGCACCAGGAAUACCACCUGCUGCAACAUUCCUCAGUCCAAACUCGACCACAUUAGUCCUUAGACUUCACGUGUGGCCAGAUAAUGGUUGUCCAAUACUCUAUUUCACAAUUCAGUAUAGACCCAUCAACGAAUUUCACUGGACAUUGGUGUCGAAUAGCGUGAAAAUGCAACGACGAUUUGUUGUGACAAAUUUACAACCAAGUUCUGUUUAUCAGCUGAAAGUUGAAACUCACAAUGUAGCUGGUAGCAAUCAAGCGGAGUUCACAUUCGUAACAUUGACGAAGGAAGGCGAACCUCCACCUCCAGAACUAUCAAAACGUGGAAUUGCUUCGACCGUACCAUUUUAUGCGGAUGUGAAAGUGAUGCUGCCUCUGAUUGUUGCCACUGUUGCCUUAGUUGUUGCUGUUGUGAUUGUAGCUCUUCGCUGGCGAAGCAGAUAUCUUGGAGAUAGAAUGCAGCGUCCCAUGAAGGAAUCACAGGAGAAUCAACAAAAUGCGGAAACCCAAAGGGAACGUUAUUACGCGACAAUUCACAAGGUGGCUUUACAACAAGCGGCGAAUACGGGUGGAGGGCCCGACAAGAUUCCAGAGACAGCGGAGGACAUCUCGCCGUACGCUACGUUCCAGCUUUCGGAGGGUGGCGGGGGAAGCCUGGCAGGAUUGGGAGGGUUGGGAGGACUGGGAGGCGCGGCGGAAGCUUCAGCGGCCGGUCUCCACCCGAACAACACUCUUCUUCACAGUUUCAUGUAUCACGAGCACGCUAUGACCGAAGGGUGCGCAAGCCCUCCACCUGCAGCAACGAGUAUGAAGAGUGUUUCGUCGAGGAGACGACAACAGAGAAAACAACAAACGCCGGGCGAUGUCGAGAGCGACGAGAGCGAGUCUGACCCAGAUCAGCUGACGAGCUCUCGCACAGAGUCUUCCAACCAGCUAGACGCUGGCAAACUCAAACACAUUCGGGCCGUUUCCGAUUUCAUUUACCACGGUACGUCGAGCACUUCUUCAGACAUCUCACCCAUGUCAGAGCAGAAGUCACUUCCUCGAAGAGGACGUUCUAGAUGGCAUGUUCCCAGCAGGAGCUCUCUACGCACAUUGUUACCACCGAUAUCGGUCGCGGAGACCACGUUCGUCGGAGGUAAUCAGGGGAACGUAGUGCCAGGGAAUGGCGACCGUUCCGACAGGCCGGAGCUCAGCGAGGCCGAGUGCGAUAUCGACUCCUUGAAGAAGCUGAAACUCGGUUUGAGAAGCUCCCUCUGGUCAAGGCCGAGCACCCAAAAUAAUCCUUCCUCCGACUACUCUAUCGCCGUUUAAUUUACCCCACUUUCUUAAUUCUAUGUGCCUCCUCCACUUCCCAUAUUGGACACGAUAGGCCAAGAUAUCUUCGUUCUUCUUCCCUCUCUUGAUCCCAUGGUCCAAGGAAAAUGAAAAUCCAUUCCUAUCUGGUGUCUUUGGCGUCAGAUGUUUCGACGUGGUUAAAAUUUAAAAUUUAAAAGGAAGAAAAGGAAGAAAAGAAAGGAUGGAAAGAUAGGACUUGGUAGCGCGUAAUUACGCGCGUCCGUUUCCCUUUUUCUCUCUGUCGAUAUAGAUGAAAAAUUAAAUUAUAUUCGAUCGAUCGGGAAUCGGCAGAUGAAUCGCUUGUAGAUAAUGAAGAGAAGUAAAAAAAAACAAGUGAAAUUUUAAAUAUCACGAGAUUCGUGAUAAUAUCGUUAAUUUAUAAUUCGAAUUGUCAUUAUUUAUCGUCCAAGAUCUUCAUUGAAAGAACUCGAACCUUUUACCUUUCUCUUCUUUAUCUAUGAUGCAACGAUAUAUAAUUACAUAUAUAUCAGUGAGUGCGUGUGCAUGCGUAACGAGUGAAUGAGUAAAGAGAUUGAAUGAGUUAAUCGGGUGUGUAAGAGUGCGUGCCAAACGACAAUUUGCUCAGACUCGCUGCGACUCGUUUGCCGGCGGGCGACCCAUUCGAGACCAAAGACUUAAUCGUACGAGCAGAGCACGGGAAAGUCCUUGGAGCAGAAUCGUGGAAAAUGGCGUCGUAUUGCAAAUUCGUAAGAAUCUAACGUUUCCAUCUUUCUUUCGAACGUUGGACGAUCAGCUUUGAACAUUUGCAUUUAUUUACGUAUUUGAUCACGAUGUCGCGUAUAAAUGGAUACGUGAUACGUAUUUAUGAUCGAUAAGGUGACGAGGAUGGGACGGAACGUGAUUGAGAAAACGUUUACCCGACGACGGUGAAAUUAAUCAUUGCGUAACUAAUUGCUGCGAUUUAAGCGACGUGUCACUUCUCAGAUGUCAAACCGGGAGCAUUUAUUUUGGUCACGCUGGCCUACACCGUUCGAUCCUCGAUUCUAUGUAGAUCUUCAUCGUUAUUCUUUGCGACCACAUUCCUAAGUUUCAAAUACAUACCUACAUCGAUUCGAUUCAUUACGAAACAUUCUAAAUCUGAAAAAUCUAUUCUUGACUAAUAUUUUAUAAGUCGUAACGAGUAAUAUAUAGUGCGAAUAUUUUUGUAAUUUUUUUUAAAUUGCUCUUUUCAAUCUAUUUAAAAUCUUUUAUCAUUUCUAUAUCUCGAAAUUGAUCAAUCAAAACGUAUUCGAAGAACAUUUGAUAAAGUUUUUUAUUUUAAUUUAAAAAAAAUUUAAGAAUCAGGUAAAUUAAUCUAUCGAUAAAUGAAAUAUUAAUAAUGAAUAGAAUUUAAAAAAGUUCAUUUAAAGAUACAAUUAUUUUCUUACACUUUACGUAACUUUGUGUAAACCUUUUCUUUUUUUAAUCGUCUCUCACAAAUUCCACACUCUCUACGAACAACAACGAAUCUUAAUAAAUAAUUCAAAGCUCGUUCGUAACGUUCGUUGCCGAAAGAAGCGAUUCCUUCAAUCCGUAAGACUGAUUUCCUUAAUCUUCGUUCGACCGACCGCUCUUUCACAGAGCUCAUCCGCUAUAAUUUCAACGUACAUGCAUACGCGAAUCGUCGGCAGGCGUCGUUUUCCGCUCUCGAUUCGUGCUCGCCUCGUGUCCAGUUGCGUACGUGGUAUUAGAAUCGGGAUGCAAGUUAUAAUAACCUGAGAGAAAACCAAGGAUGGCGUUAUACGCGAAAAAAAAAAUCUACGUGGAAAACGUGUUCGUGGAAGGUUUUUAAAAAGACGACAAUGAGACGUGCUCGUCCGUUUCUCCAAGGCGAGCAGCACGUCCAAGGUUGGGCUCUGUUGCAUUGUAAAGUUUAUACGUACGUCUAAACACCGUUAAUUACUUUAAGUCCGUUAUAUAAAUCCUAAGACUUCUAAGUAAGGCAUUAUUUCCGCGUGCGGGCAAGUCAAGCACGCCUCUCUCCUGCUCUGUACAUUUUUCGCCGUGCCGACGAACUCUAGUCUAGAACGUCGAUGGCGUCCGUUUCGACGCCAUACCGUUCAGUCGAUUACACCAAAAAAAAAAAAACAUCCCUCUUCGAAUGUCGCGCACUCGAGAGACCGCGAGACUCGCGAAUCGUAAUUCAAAAUGUCCGGGCGGUCGUUGUUUUCUCUAAUCGAACGCUUGAUUCGCGUGAAACGCGAAUAGGCGGAUACGUUUUUAAACGAGCAAUCCAAUGAACCUGUUUUCGCACGGUUCCAGACUGAACUUUUAUCAUUCUCGUAUGAGAUAAUUUGAGAGAUUCUUCGUUUUUAUUAUUCGAAUAAAAAAAGAGAAAUAAAAAUGAAAAAAAGAAAGAAGCAUAUCGAUCUAGUUAAAGGUCAAAGAUAAGAGAAUUGCUGCGCACGAAGUUGCAGCGAAUUCGUAGUUAGUUACGUUUCCUUAGACUGAUUUGAAAGUAAAAAUAACACGGUUAGAGCGCUCAAGCGUAUUUCCAUGCUUAUCUUAUCUUUGACGAAUUUUAAUACAUACAUAUACACAUACGCGCACACAUACACACGUACACGUACAUUAUCACUGCCAUUCUAACUGCCAAAAUCGAAAUUCCUAAUUCCAGAAACGAUAAUUUUAAUCAUUCAUCAAAAUAACGAAUUUUCGAAGUUUUUAAGAUUUUAGAAAAUGUUUUUUCGACGAAUUUUAUGAUAAAAUUAAAUGAUCGAUGAUUUUAUUCGUGAAUUUCAUUGAUACUUAAGUUCCGUGCGCGACACUGCGAAGACGAGGGCAUAGGUAUACGUAUAUAUAAAUUUAUAUAAAUAUAUAUAUGUACUUAAAGCGCGUGUAAGCGCAUGCAUUACGAUUAACAUACAUGAAUGUAUAUAUUGAGAAGCACGUCAAUCAAACUCGUAGAGUUCGAUUAAUUUGUUAGAUCCUUAUCGGGAAGCGGGUAUCGUUCAUCGUUGCGAUAAUAAAAGUUUUUGUACAUGUUUUCUUAUGUCACCGACCGACUGACGUCCGCUCAACGAGGACUCUAUACAUUUUUCCAUUUUUCUUUUGAUAUUCGAUUUUUUCUUCUAGGAAUUUCUGGCCCCAACCAAAAAAAAAAAAAAAUUUCUUAACAGUUACACAUUUCGAAAUUAUUAAUCUUGAAAAAGUGGACUUUUACUUUCAUUUCUUUGUCAGUCAACAAAUAUUGUACAUUAUAAGUCGUUAAAUUACAUCAUAAUUAUAUAUCUAUAGAGUAAUAUGAAAAACUGGCCUAGUUUUGAAACAAUUACGUUUAGAUGAAAGAUGCAAUAAAUAUUUAUUAAUCUCGAAAGAGGACGUUUAUAUGAUGUUAAACAAAAAAAGCGCCGGAAAUUCCAUAGAAACACGCGACCCUAUACUGCGAAUCAUUUCCAUCGCGUUAAUCGUUGGGAUACAAACGACCCUCACGAUGCUGUAUGUUUUAAUUUUAAUAACGGUGAUGUUACUUAGAACGUCUCGAGAUAUUAAAUGAAUCGAUGUUCUUGCGACUUAUUAGCGAACAUAAUACAAGAAAUUUCAAGAAAUAAAAGCGAUAAAAGUUCAUCGAAUCGAUCGCUAACAGAUGUAAGAUUUUACGUCCUUCUGAAAAAUCCAAACUAGUCGUAUAAAAUUAUAAGUACUAAAAAAAAAAAAUAAGAUAUAAAGAUGAAAUAUAGAAAAAAGAUUUUUAGAUAAGCAUAAGUUGUACAACGUUAUUAAAUUAUAUGAAAAUCGAUGAUGGACUUUCUAUCGCUAAUUAUUCUCAUUUUUCGUGUAUUGAUUUAUCUUAUCAUAUGGAUUAAUCAAACUUCCCAUGAUCGAAAAUUCUUCAAUUACGUACAAAAAUUACGUAUCUUUAUUUAAUAUUAUCGAUUUAAUAUUUGAAAAUUACGUCACCGAUUUGAUGAACCGCGUUUUGCGAAUGAACAAAAGCGUGAGAAGUGAGCAAAUCAAACGAACAAUUAUUAUUGUAACUACUAUUAGCAUCGUUGUAAAAAAAAAAGUAAUAAUAAUAAUAAAGAACUGAAGAAAGAAAAAGGUAAAAAAAGAGGAAAAGUGACGCGAAUGUGAAGAGUGUGUCUGCGUAUCGAGAUUCUAUUCUUGAGUGGCAUAGCCACGUGCGGAAGGAAGAACUCUGUUGAUUGAGAAAAUCGCGAUUGUUUCCUCUCUGUUUUAAACGAUCGCUGUGAAACGACAUGGCCAUUAUGCCAUUGGUUGAAAUUGUAUUCAAGUCGGUGGUGUGGCGUUUCGAAGCAUUGUGUCGAUCGUAGUAUCGAUAAAAUAAAUUGAUAUCCUGUAAAGUACCGUACGAAAA